AUGAUUGAUGCAAUUUUAAGCGUGUCUGAUCCUAACGAGAUUAGCGUCAAAAGGAUCCGGGCGGCAUUGCAGGAGCUAUUCGCUGUUGAACUUCAUAACGAGAAGAAAGAGAUUAAAGUUUUAAUUCUUGACAGGUUUCAUAGGUUACAGGAUAAGCAAGCUAAAACUCUGUCCAAAGAAGAGCUUACCAAACGAGACGCCGAAUUAGCUAGUAAACUAGCGAAAGAAGGAAACACUAGACAGAAACGUACAAGGAAGAAGGAAGUUGCCGAAAAGCCUCGAAAGAAGAGGAGAGCAGCAAAUAACGAGAAUCCUAAUAGCUUCCACUUAAGGAAUGUUAUUUUGAGUAGUGAUCUACAGAAGUUCCUAGGUAAGGAACAAUUACCCCGCACUCAAGUGGUGAAAGCGGUUUGGGACUAUAUCAAGCAGCAUAAUCUACAAAACCCAGAAGAUCGUCGAGAAAUUCUAUGUGACGAAACCAUGCAGCCAAUUUUUGGUAAAAAGGUUACCAUGUUCUCUAUGAACAAAGUUCUAUCGAAGCAUCUAUUUAAUCCCAGCGAUGUGGCUAAUAAUUCAGCACAGCAGGAAAAGAAUACCUCUGUGGAAGAAUUAUCAGUGGACGACAAUGCAGUAGAUGAAGAAUUGAAUGAAUCAGAGGACUUUGAGGUAUCGGAAGGUGAUUGA